CAGCUAAUCAGCGUACUCCCUCGAAUUCCUGGGUCAUAAUUGCGAUACGGUUCUAACCUCGUCGUCUAUUAAGUAUGGUGUCCGCCGUGGCGAGUAUUGACUACAAGUGUUAGACGUAUCGUUUGAAAUGCUGUCGAGAUUGGCCCUUCGCAAUGCCCAGUUGCUGCCUAUGGCAGUAUGUGGAGCACAAAGCACAUCUACAACAGCAGCAUCUCCUGAACGACCCAAGCGGCCAAUAUAUCCAGCUCCUGUUAGACAUGGAUUUAUACCUGAAGGAUGGUUUCAAGCCUUCUAUCCAAAAACUGGUGCAUCUGGACCAUAUAUAUUUGCCAUAAGUGUGAGCACUUAUUUAGUCUCCAAAGAAAUUUAUGUCAUGGAGCAUGAAUAUUAUAAUGGUAUAGCUAUGCUAAUAAUAUGCAUAGGAGCUACGAAAAUGUUUGGCCCUAAGUUGGCUCAGUAUUUGGACAAAGAAAUAGACAAACUUGAGGAUACGCUUGAAGGAGGUAGAACCUCUGAAAUAAACACUCAUAAAGAAAUUAUUGAACAUAUGAAACAACAACAGUACAACGUAGAAGGACAAAAAAUGAUAAUGGACAUUAAGAAAGAGAACAUCAAGAUACAGCUGGAAGGAACUUACAGAGAGCGUAUGAUGAAAGUCUACCAAGAGGUGAAGAAGCGUUUGGACUACCAACUACAGAUACAAAAUCUUGAACGCCAAAUUGCACAGAAACACAUGGUCCAAUGGAUCAUAGAUGGAGUAUUGAAAGCCAUCACUCCUGAUCAGGAGAAAGCAACUCUUCAGCAAUGUAUCAAAGAUCUUGAAGUUCUCGCUGCAAAGCCAUAAAAUAUCUAAACAGUGCUACGUUAGAUAAAAUAGAAAUCUGAGGACGCGAAGAGAGAAACAGCGUCGUAAACGCUGUACACUUCGUGUAUUCUGUUAAGUACUCCUUUCUGAUAUGUGAAGUCAUAGACAUUGUAAACAAAUGCAAGAAUACAGUAUAAAUCAUAAUCCUUGUUAUAUCAUCAUAAGAAAUUAAACGUUUUAUCAAGCAUCAAAAA